AAUUACCUGCUUCCAUCAGAUCUUUGCAAAUAGGAUCAUGUGGUGAGCUCGAAAAGUCCCUUCCCAACUGCCUAGAGAACCUUACCUCUCUUCGGUGACUACUAAUAUGCGAUUGUCAGCAUUUAGUAUCCCUUCCAGGGCAAAUGUUGUGUCGCCUGACAACCAUCUAUAGUUUGUCUAUUUCGAGCUGCCCAGAGCUUAGAUCUUUAGACGGACUGGAGUUACUCCCAUCUCUAAAUUUUCUACAUAUUUUAAGUUGCCCAAAGCUUGCAGAAGCAGGGCAAUUAAAUUUUGAUGCUACAAUGCAGGGGAAGAGCAUGUCGUUUUCUUAUUUAAGUAUUGACGACACCUCCCUUCUUAAACUAUCAUUCCUAAGAAACUUUUUAUCCUCUCACGCGGUGCUUACAAUCCAUCGUUCUUCUGAGCCCACAAUGUUUGUUGGAGAGGACGAGGAAUGGUUGCAAAUCCUUGCAUCAGUUGAACGUCUAUCUUUUGACCGUUGUCCCACUAUGAAGUCAUUUCCAACCUGGCUGCAUGGCCUAACUUCCCUACAAUAUUUAAGCAUUAAAAAAUGUCUUGAGAUCAACUCGCUACCAGAGAAGGGUCUGCCUCCCUCCUUGAGAGAGUUAUCUUUCCACGAAUGCCAUCCAAUGUUGAAGGAGCAAUUGGAAAAGCUCAAAGCAGAGAAUAGCAGAAUUUAUAUCGUGGGAAUCUGAUCUGUGUGAGAAAGAAGGCACCGGAGCGAAGCGUUUUCUGCGAAGCGCCAUCUCGGAAUGCUUGUCGCUAAGUUUGUUACAAUUGUAACACAGAGACAAAGUGCUAUAAAGUGCACAAAAAUGCUCAAGCCCCAGUUCCUUGUAAUCGGAAAAUCUAUAUCUCAUGUAUUUGUGCAAUCUAUUUGUCGUAAUGCUGCCAAGUGUGUGAAGCAAAUAAUGAUGAUUUGAGGCUCUGUUAUGCAGUGCUUGUGGUGUAUUGUUUGUAACUUAAAUAGUUCGCUCUUGUUCUUGGGUAAAUAAAUGUCAUUGUGAGUUUGGCCUUCUGGAUAA